AGUGGUUGCUAGGGCAAGGACCCCUGCUUGCGUGUCGUCUAUCAAAUAGCCAGUUUUGACUUUUGUUUUACACUUUUUAAUAAUGCUUUAAACAACCGUUCGUUGUUACAAUAUGCAAAAGAAGAAACACGCAAAUAAAAGGCCACGAGUAUAAAUGUGCGGCAAGUCAAACUUAACUAUAUAUUUUGCUACUUUUGUGAAACGGCAGCUAGCUACAUGCUCUCAAGCGUUAAUCACUUUUGUUGUCACCAUUUCCAAAAAGUAGCGCAACUGUGCAAAGUUAAGCUCGCACUAGCAUGUACACUAGGCUGCUAGCUCGGACAAAGUGUACAAGGUGUGUACACGUACACACGUAUCCUGUGCUCACACGGAAGGAAUGAAACAGCCGCUCGUCUGGAUAACUUACGGUGUGACGUGUUAACCUCCUGCCGUUAACCGUCGACAUGAACUCCUAUCACGUUUUGGAGGUGGUGGGAGAGGGCUCGUUUGGUCGAGUUUACAAGGGAAGGAAGAGAUUUACUGGCCAGGUGGUGGCUCUGAAGUUCAUGCCGAAGGUGGGUCGUUCUGAAAAGGAGCUGCGCAGUCUCAAAACGGAGAUUGAGAUCAUGAGGGGUCUUCAACAUCCACAUAUUGUUCAACUCUUUGACAGUUUUGAGACUGAAACUGAGGUUGUGGUUGUAACCGAGUAUGCAGAGGGUCAGUUGUUCCAGAUUCUUGAGGAUGAUGGGAAUUUACCAGAGAGCCAGGUCCACGAGAUUGCCUGCCAGCUGGUCUCAGCUCUGUAUUAUUUACACUCCCACCGUAUUCUUCAUCGUGACAUGAAACCACAAAAUAUCCUGUUGGGGAAAAGUGGGGUGGUGAAACUGUGUGACUUUGGGUUUGCUCGGUCCAUGAGCGUCUCCACCUUGGUGCUGACUUCCAUCAAGGGAACGCCACUGUACAUGUCUCCUGAGCUGGUGGAGGAGAAGCCAUAUGACCACACUGCUGAUCUCUGGUCUCUAGGCUGCAUCCUCUACGAACUCCACACGGGGGCGCCUCCGUUCUACACUAACUCCAUUUUCCACCUGGUGCAGCUUAUCGUGAGAGACCCAGUCAAAUGGCCGGACACUAUGAGCGACACCUGCACGAGUUUCCUGAAGGGUUUAUUGACCAAAGACCCUCAGAAGCGAUUGUCAUGGCCGGACCUCCUGCAUCAUCCCUUUGUUGCUGAUGGGGUUUUAGUGUUGUCAGACACAGACUUGUUCAGCCCUCUGACAGUCACACCCAGCCCAGACAUGAUGGCCCUGAAACUUCAGCAAGUGGCGGCAAAGACGGUACCGACUCCUGGAGGCAUGAGAUUACUGCGGAAGGCCAGGGAGCAGAUGGACAAUGGCAAAAGAGGGAAACCUGUAGGUGGUGACAAUGUGAAAAAAGAGAAGGAUGGAGUGGGAAAUGAAAGGGUCAACUAUGCGAUGGCGGCAGCAUCCCCGAGAGCCAAGCCCCCUUCCAGUGUCGUCGCUGUUACCUCAGGUCACUCGGUCAUGACAGCUGCCAAUCAAAGCCUACACCCAAAGAGUCAAGCCUGCGUGAAAUCAAAACACAGGGGUCAGAUCAGCCGGGACUAUGAACAGGAAUUUCCCUUCGUAGAAGUUGGGCCGCGACUAGUGCAGAGAGGCAACGCAGACAGCCGGACCACAGUGCACAGGCAGGAUGUUGACUGUGAGGACUAUUGGGAGAAACUGGCCCAAGAAUCCGAUCCAAGCAGGCAGCAGAAUGAAUUAUUAAAUUACAGCGCAGUUAUACCUCAACUUAAAUCCAAGAUCCUGGCAUUUAAAGCUCAGCUAACAGGUGGCGUUGUGAAAGAAGCGUGGCGGAUUCACCUCCCGCUGAAGGUCUUACGCAACCUGAUUCUGACCUCUGACCUUGAGAAGUCGAAAUCCAUUGGUCAUGAACUUGGACUACCCCGUGUCCUCUUUGACCUCGUCCAUGAGGCCGUCGACAACUCAAAUUUCAUCAAGCAACCGUGGAGUGUCCCGGCAUACGGAGAAAUGAUUGUUGUGCUUAUGAUCUACUGGGAGAAGCACUGUGAUUGGGUGGAAGAAGAGCACAGUCUAGAAGAGUUCACCAAGCCUUUCAUCACAAUUCUCAGUCAACCAAACCUCCUUCCUUUGGCGCCUCUGGCUGCGUCUGUUCUGUCUCUGUUAACACAACAUGAUGUCCACGUCAAAGUGGAGAUGGACACUCUGACCUCCUUGCUGAAAAAAAUGCUUUUGGACUUGUAUGAGCCCCAACGUUCUCUUCCUUCUGGCUUUGGACUCUGUGACGGCCUCCUGUCUUUAGUCCUGCACACCCUCUCUGAGCAUGAAAAUAGCUCCGGACAUUCAUGUUUGGAUCCAGUAAUAUUUCUGGAUCUAUGGAAAACAAUUGGCACUUCACUAGCAAGAACAACACCAGACACAGACUUCUGUUCGGCAAAUGGGCUUCAUUCCUUUCUGUCUACUGCACUGUUUGUCUUCACCAAGGAUCCAUACUCAUGCAUGGCUCUGUUUUCUGAGCAUGAAUCAAAAUGUGUCUUCACUCUCGGCCAGCUGCUGGGCACUGACAGUCUUCAUUUCUCUGCUCAAGGCGAUCCCGGGAUACUGGAGGUGGAUGUGACUCACGACAGUCUGUCUGUGUUGAGCUGCCACUUGUUGUGCUUUCCGUUUGCUCUGGACCUGCCUUUAGACGCCAUGUCCACGAUUUUACAGAUAUACGACCGUUGUGGAAUAGUUGUAAGCCUCCUGCAGGUGAUUCAAACUCUUCCUCCUCCGAUGUUAGAGCUACCGCUCUCCCUGCUGAGCCGUUUGCUCCUGUGUGACCCCGAGCGCUCGGUUUGCCGCCUCGGAGAAGCCGCUUGUGGUUUUUUCGCGCCACCGAGGGUCGGCCAGCUCACCGCCUCUAAACACCAGACUCUGCCGUGCAGAAGUGCAAGCUCCCUGCUCUCUGACUCGCUGCAGCUGCAUGCGCUGUGGGAUUCUGCCGUGGAGCUCUUAACUCUGUUGUCCCAAGUAGCCCGCUGUUCCCCUCAGCCCGCCCACCUUCGGCUUUAUCUGGAAGCCCCAGCGCUGCACCAGGCCCUGGCUCACUCGUAUGACCAGAUCAGGGCUGCCACGUGCAGACUUCUUGGACAUUUGGAUCCAUUCACCUUGCAACCUGACAUUUUCAAAAGCUUGAUAGACUGUCUUCAUGACUCCUGCAUGCCUGUCCGCCGUAUGGCUUGCAGGGCAGUUGGGAACUGGUUGGGGUAUAUUGCAGGAGGGGCAAGGUUUAAAAUGGGUGUCUCCAAUGCAAAGGGCAUUGACGCCACAGGACGGGGCAAAGGGAAGGCACACAAUGAGGCAGCAGGAGAUUUGGCUACUAUUCUAGAACUGGGGUUGGACGAUGAGGAGCAGCGCAGGUGGACAGAGGAAGCCAGGAGGACGGCGGUCAUGCUGACGUCUCUGAUUGCUGACCCCGAUGCCCUCACACGUCGUUACUGUUGUGCGGCCCUGGGAAACCUGGUCCAUGUUGAUGGAGCUGUAUCCCUGUUGGUGGCGGAAGACACGUCCAGCUCCCUUCUGAGAGCUGCAUGCAUGGAUUCCCAUAAUGCAGUGAGACAAGCUGCCAUAGCAACCCUGUGCCUGUACAGCGAGCAGGAUGCAAUCCGUCAGGUCCUGAGAUCCCUCGAUGCCACUAGGAAACUUCUUCAGGCUUCACAACAGGCACCUCCUCAAUGUGACUAUCAUCAGCUCAUCGGACAGCUGUGAGUCCAGUUAUAGGAACGCAGAUUUAAAUGUCAUGUGUAAAUAUGUCUUCUCCUUCCUUAGAUUACAAAAGUCUUCCUCCUGUUGCUUGAGCAGUUUGGUAGAAGACUACAGUCGGUAAUCAAAUCCCAUUUAUUAUAAGUGUGUGUUUUUUAUUUAAAGAUUAGUAAACUUCAUCAUAAAGGUGGAUAUAAAAAUAACUUUUCUUAACGGAGAUCUGUGUUGGCACAGCAGAAAUGUGUGUUGAAAUAAAACUAAAGUGUGUUACUGUU